CAGUACAGUUGUACAUCCAGUCUUACACAACUCACAUCCGAGAUAUCUUCGCUUCCAUGUAUUCUAUGACAUUCUGCGUACAUAUUGUACCACAAUUGCUACAAACCAGUCCUUUGAAUUUAAGAUUCCUGCAGACUUGGGCUACCCGUGCUGAUUAAACACCUUCCUCCCUUCGAUUCCACACUAGAGUGCAAGAACCCUCUUGCCCAGCAAGCAAAUAUACACUAGUGGUUACGGUGCGAAGGGAGGUUGAGUUUUCUUUGGGUGAGCUGUGCCUGCGGAUCGAGGAGGGAUUCCUGUAGGGCCGGUUUCAUUUCGCUCGCGCAUACCAAGCAGCCGCAAACGUUUCUUACUCUGGGCGAGUGGAGGAGAGAAUGGAAGGUGCAGGUGCGUCCAAUGUCAGUCACGCUGCCGAGACACGGGGAAUGGACUCUGCAGACGAGGAACCGGAGCUUCCGUCCGCUGUCCAGGACCUUAUACGGCGUCUAGGAGAAGGCAAGCCUACAAGUUGGCUUCCCCAAUUAACCGGGGAGGAAUUUCGGGAUUUCUUUCCAGAGCCUGCAUCGCUCUCGAGGAUCACUGCUCGAAGGCGCACUUGGAUUCGCCAAGUGCGCAUUCGAGUACUGGAGGCAAUCGGCAACUGCAACACCCUUGAGUAUCUUAACUUCUCACUCAUAUGUGGAGGAGAUAUAUCGACGUUGAACGCUUGCGAAUGGGAGUUAGUUCUGAAAGGAUUCAGGUCUAGCACCGUUAUACGAGAGAUAGUCGUUAGUUUUUUGGAAUGGAGUUCAGAUGAGGAAUUGGAGAGCUUGUGUUUACAGAUAGGGAGAAUUCUGAAUACCUCUAGCGUACGAGUACUGAAAAUAGAAUUUACCAGUUUGAGUUCUAGAUGUUUCUUGAAUCUCGCCUCAGGACUGCGAGGAAAUCCCGAUUCUAAACUCCAGUCCUUAGAUUUACAUAGCGCGUGGGAGGACUCGAGUGCGGUGAAGCAUGUGGCCGACAUGAUCAACAGUGCUACUCGAUUAGAAACGCUGAGGAUAGGCUAUAUAGACGACAUGGAGGAGGAGACCGUUGGAAUCCUGUCCCGAGCUUUGAUCCAGAGCUCGUCUUUGAAACAAUUGGACUUAGUGUGGAUGGACUGGGGGGAGGCGUUGUUGCUGAACGCUUUGGCCGGAGAUGACAGCAACCGAUCAAUUGAACGUGUUCGGCUGGAGCGUAUGGAUAGACUCGGAGACCGUUCAUGGGAACUUCUUACUUCCAACCCGUCAUUGAAGGAAGUGACGUUGACGUCCUUGGAGAUGCGUCCUGAGGAAUGGCACCAGCUCGGCCAAGUCAUACGUGACAAGGAUGGAGCAACAAUCAUUAUAGUUGAGUUUGGUUUGCAACAAAUUCUUAGAGAUAGCUGGGAGUCAAUAGAAGCUCUUGCGUGUGCUGCUAGCUCCUAUGUCCAGGACCCCACGUUAGAGCUUCAUCUCUCAACUCACAGUGAUCAUGAGUUGAUGUUAUCAUUAAACCUAUUAGGUAGGGUACUGCGCGGGGAAAUCAACUCCCUACAAUCUUUCAGAAUACGGUCGAUUAAUCUUCUCACUUCAGGUACAAGCCAAUAUAGAAUGGAAAGUAUCUUGUCGAUGAAUGGAAAAAGUGGAGAAACCUCCGUCCUGAAGAGACUGGCAUUAAAUGUUGAAAGCAAAGGUCUUUGGAAGGCAGUAUGGAAGGACCUGCUUUGGUGUUUGCGAGAGAACACAAGUCUCACUCACUUGGAUCUGACUGGGUCUGAAAUCGACGAAGAGGAGUUCAGAGACCUGAUGGGGCUAUUGCAAGUCAACUUGGCUCUCCAGGAAAUAGAUGUCCAACGAACCUCAUGGGCAAGGGACGGGAAGGCGGCGCAGAUUCAAGAGGCCCUAAAGCAGAACCGCGGGCGCGCCCAAUACAUGUCCGUAUUCAGAGAAUCCAAGUUAGCAUUUGGAGAUGCAAAAGCUGGUCGACUCUUUCUAUGCGGCUCUCCUAGAGCAGGCAAGACCAAAUUGCGUCAAACCUUGAUGAGGAUAGUUCAAGGCAAAAGUUGGCUCGGGAACAAAUGGAACCAAUUGUGGAGAACUAAAGGCAUAGAAGUAGAGUUCUUGCAAAACAAUGACCAAGGGCAAAUUUCAAUUUGGGAUCUAGCCGGACAAGAAAUUUUCCGAACCCUCCAAAAUGUUCUCUUCCCUCAAACCAGCAACUUUUGUGUUUUUCUAUUUGUGUAUAGUCAUUUCUGUGAGAAAUCAUCUUUCAACAAACCAGAGUCUUGUUUUCAAAUUGAGUUGGAGGAAUGGUUGAGUUUCAUCUCAUCCAGCACUAGGGUCACCGGACAUAUUCGGCCACAAGUUCUUGUUGUGAUUUCACACAAGGAUAAAGUCAGAUCCAAUUCUUUGAGUUGGGUUCAUUCCAUAAUGGACAAACUCACCAAAAAAUUUGCAAAAUUUGUGGAUCUCCAUCCUAUGCAAAAGUGCUUUCAUGUAGAUGCUCGGAAGAAAAAGCAAGUUCUUCCUCUCAAAAAUCACAUUUGUGAUAUCUUCAAAAAGUUGCUAAGUGAAAAAUCUCCACGUGUUCCCCACUUGUGUUCUCAAAUCUCAUCUCUCUUAGUUACAAACACCAAGGAGAACAAAAGUUGCCCUCUUUGGUCAUCUCAAAAGUUUCAUGACUUCUGUGCCCCCAGCUUAACAGAAUUCAUUCCAUCCUCUUCUACUCACGCCGGUGAUCAUUCAAAGAUAUUGACAUCAAUCAUAUCUUAUUUGAAUGACAUUGGAUCCAUUGUUUAUAUCUCCAAUCUUGAUUACAUCAUUGUGGAUCCGAAUUGGCUCACAAAUACAUUAUUGGGUGAGCUAGUAGCUCUAGGUCAAAACUUUCAAGCUCAAGAGUUGGGAUCUUUAGACAAAGCAAUGUCACGGGACUCAUACACAAGCAAGGACGGAUUUGUGAGUGAGAGUGUCUUUGUUCAGUUGAUAGAGGAAUUUUUGCUUAAGCAACCACAUGAAGAGAGAGGUGUGGACAGAGAGGUGCUUGAAAACAUCCUUAUCAAUUUGGAUUUGUGUUUCAAGCUAGAAGAUACUUCUCAGUAUUUCAUUCCCUCUUUCAUACGUGAGCAUGCAAGCAUGGAAGAACAGAAGCAUCAAAGAACGCAGCUGGAGUCGAUGUCUUGGGAAACUAGGGGUGAGACUUCACAGUUUGUCGGCAUCCGAAUUCAAUGUCAAGAUGGGAGAACAAUGUCAUUGACCGCUGCUUUUUUUCCAAGCUUCCAGAUGUUUAUCAGACGCAAGUUGAUAUCGGAGAUGCAUGUUUCCAAGGAGAUGGUGACUUGCUCUCGACAUUAUCUGCGACUUUUCCUUGAUGGACAUCAGAUUUAUGUCCAGCAAGGAAAGUCCCAUAAAUAUGUGGAUGUUCUGAUGUUAUGCUCCAAGCAUAAGUCAAGGGAGGGGGCUCUGAAAUACGUAAUGAAGCAUAUCGUCCAGGAGUUGAUAUCAUUUUGCGCAUCACCCAAAGGCUGUCCUGGAGUGGCGUUUGUACUCGGUGUUAUCCAAACACUUAGCGUGGAGAUGCUGAUUCCGAGUCAUCUGAGAGGGGCGAUUCUCAUCGAGGAGCUCAAAUUGAAAUUCAUUCGUAGCAUCAAAGACAAACUUGAGGAUCUUCCUUUGGAUAAGAUCCAGUUGGAGAAGGAGGAAGAGUUGUUCAACUAUGAACACUCUUGGCCCUUGAUUGAAGGAUACAUAGCACAGGUUAUAUUCGAAAGAGCUAGGGACUUGUUGUGGGAGAGCGAUGUGGAAGCGGUUGUGAAUGAGAUCCGAGAGAAGCAAAUGCAACGAUUGGAGUCAUUGCAGCACACCCUUAUCAAACAAUUGGAGUACUUGCAGCAAGGUUUAAUCAAAGUGAACAAUGAUUUGAUUCAUACUUACCCUGAAAAUGAGAACUUGGUUAUCAGUUCAAAUUUUUCAGACAUGAUAGAUUCCAAUCGACCUUCAUCCAGAUGCUUAAGUCGGGCGAGCACAAGUGUGGAGAAUCCUGCAGACCUAAUUCUUUUGGAAAGGAUGGAUCAGGUAGAAAAAAAUCUAGAACAAAAGAUUGAUGGUGUAGGUCAAAAGGUUGAUGGUGUUGAUGAGAGGUUGAGAUCAGUGCAGAGCAUUUUGCAGAGAUUGGAGAUGAAGACGGGACAGAUACUCUCUUUGCAACAAGAACUGCAGUCAAAGUUGAGUGACUUCAUGUCUAAACUAGACAGGUUCAUUUUGUAUUCUUAUUCGCUUCAGCAAGCGAAAACUCCCAAGCGACCUUACGUUACGAACGAUGUUGGUCUUUUCUAUAGGAUGAGUGCUCUUUUGCAUGUUGGAACAACCGUUCGCUUACACUUGAUGUGUGAAUCUGCGACUGGGUUUCACCACGUCAAAGAUCAAGAAGGUUUGAAGAUACGCUUGGAUAGGGAAAAUUGCCAGUGGAUUCGAAAAACUAUUGAAAUCUCAUUCAAAGUCAUGUAUUAUGCUGCAAAGGCUGGACUGGAGAAAACUCUCGGAUUAGGCCAAGCGAUUCCGGACUGGGGAGAUUUAAAAUCUGAUAUUGUUAAACUAGAUGGCAUUAGCGAUCGUGAUCGUAGGGCAGCUCUAAAAGGUGGGGAAAGUAAAGAGCUGAAAGUAGCAUGGUUGAGGAUUCAGCAAACUCUUGCGCCCCAGCUUCAAGAUAGCUAUUCGGCAAUUUUCAAGUUGUAUCAGGUGAAAUAUGUGAGUCUAGAAUUAGGUGGGCAUGCAUGGGUGUGCGAGGAAUGCAUGAAUAAAGGUAUUAGUUCUGGCAUUUUGACAUAUUAGGAAUUUGAAAAUGUUAGAAUGUCAUUAUGAAAAUGACCCGUAUAAGUUCAGACACUCAUGCAAUAUGAACCUGUGCAAAA